GGAACUUCUUCCGAGAUACUUGACGUGCCUUCACAAUUCCUAAAGCAGCAUGGUGUCGCUAAUCGCCACGAGCUCUGAUUCGCGUGGCCUCAGCGCGAGGUGUUAAAAGCUGAUAGUCUUUUGACGGUUUGCUGUGUGUGACAUGAGGAAUGAUUGAUGGGUUCUAGCCUCGAGCUCGGUGCACAACCCUUCCCCAGACGUUGCCUAGGAAUCCAGGUCUGAGUGCACUCGUUUUUCUGUUGAGAUUAUGCACACUGGAAUCGCUGCGCAUGUGCUCUUUUCGAUAGUUAUGCUUAACCCGUAGGUUGCCCAAUUGGCAAUUUCUCUUCAGCUUCGCUCUUUUGUUUUUCUUUUGCAAUUCGUGGAAUGGCAAGCACUUCCAUCGUGGCUGGUACUGCGAGCACUUACCAUCAUGAGUGCUCCCUUGUACAUUCUUCUCCCCGAUUCCAAAGGCAGGGUAGAUUACUUCGGUUUGGGAGCUGCUUCCAAAUUAUUCACACACGUGGUGUUACAAGAUUCUUGACGAAGGCAUCCGAAUUGGGUACAAGUCUGAGUUCUCUGGCAGCUGUGGAGUUGUCACCUUCAUUUCGGCAGUCGUGGUGGUUCCAUCCUUUGCCUUGCAGAUGCCAGACUAGGUCGUUCGAUCAUUCGUUUGCUAGGAAUCUUAGAAUACGAGCUACAGGUGUAAGGGAUGCGACACCAGAUACCGCGACGAAUGAUGCCAUCUUGGACAAUGUAUUAGGUCUUGUAGGUAAUACACCAAUGGUUUAUCUGAACAGGGUUUCCUCCAAUUGUUGUGCCAAAAUUGCUUGCAAAUUGGAGGCUCUUGGGCCCUGUAGGAGUGUGAAAGAUCGAAUCGCGUUGGCCAUGGUUGAAGACGCAGAGAGACGGGGUUUAAUCAAGCCUGGAGUCAGUACAUUGAUAGAACCAACGAGUGGGAAUACGGGCAUUGGCCUUGCUUUUGUCUGUGCGUCCAAAGGCUACAAGCUUAUCCUUACGAUGCCGGAGGAUCAGAGCAUGGAGCGUCGCAUCCUCGUGCAAGCAUUCGGAGGCCAGGUUGUGACGACACCAGCUAAGAGCUCAAUGACAGGCGCUAUACUGAAAGCUGAAGCGUUAUGCAGAGAGAUUCCCAAUGCUUACAUCCUUCAGCAAUUUAGGAAUCCAGCCAAUCCUCGUGUGCAUUUUGAAACAACAGGACCAGAAAUUUGGCGAGACACGUGUGGCAAGGUAGACUUCCUUAUUUCCGGGGUGGGUACAGGUGGCACUAUCACUGGUUGCGGAGAGUAUCUUAAAAGUAAAAACGACCAGAUCAAGAUCGUUGGAGUAGAGCCUGCGGAGUCUGCUGUUCUUUCAGGUGGGCAACCCGGGUACCACCAAAUCCAAGGAAUCGGUGCAGGUUUCAUUCCUGCAGUCCUUAAUGUCAACAUUCUUGAUGAAGUUUUUGAGGUGCUUAGCCGAGACGCAAUCCUCAUGGCGAGGAGGCUACAUCUUGAGGAGGGUCUGAUGGUGGGUAUCUCAUCGGGCGCUGCUGCUUUUGCUUCAGUUCAAAUCGGCCAACGACCUGAAAACGAGGGCAAGCUUUUAGUGGUGAUCUAUCUUCACCAUUACAUGCGUGCUGCCAAGUUUUGGAGAACGUUACCUAUCAACGCCUCUCUUUCAGCAUAUUCGGAAGGCUAACAUGGAGGAUGAUAAAACAUUCAACACAGCUUGCCUGCUGAAGACAACAUGAGUAUGCUGGUGAAGUUGUGCACGAGUUGAAAUAGUAAGAGAGCUGGGAACGAGCUACUGUCUUGAAAAUCUCGAGAUCAGCCUUGUCUCAAGUUGCUUUCAUCUCUUAUUGCAGAGAAACCGCUCAUGUCCAGAUCAUGACACGCUUGUAUGAUAUGUUCAUAUGAUUGAUACCUAGAUCUUCCAAUUUGCAUGGCAUAGGUGCUGCUGGACGUGAGGAACGGGGUUGUCAUGGUGCUAUCCUCCUGAAUAGAUUUUCGUGAAUUCAAAGAAAGGUAGUGGAAGCAUAGUAUGAUUUAUAUUUACAAAGGUUUGAUUUGAGAAACAAAUUUGAUCUCUUAAAAUCAGAAUGCAUCAAAUGUGAUCGCAACAUGAAUAAUUCCAGUUCUAAUCUUUAUUAUUACUA